AUAUGCUUGGCGGUCUUCGUAUUUAUGAAUCAGUACUCUGUCGUUUUCAGCCAAGAUGUUGAGGACGACUCUAUUGCAUUUAGCACUUCUAGUCAACAUCGGCUUAAUGUAGAUUCAUUACAAGCUGAUAAUGACACGAAAUUUGAUAAGAGAUAUCUUCUUUACGAUGUGAAUCCUGGGGAAGGAUUUAACCUCAGACGGGAUGUGUACAUGAGAGUGGCAAAUAUGAUGAAACUUCUACGAGAAAAACAAAACUGGAUCCUUGUCGUUCCGCCUUGGAGAAAACUUUACCACUGGCGAUCGCCGAUCGAGCAAAAUGCCCUUCCUUGGCGAACAUUUUUCGACCUGGAAAGCUUGAAUCGUUACGUGCCUGUCAUUGAGUUCGAAGAAUUCGUGAAAGAAACCGGUGAAGCAGCCAUAGAUGAGAUCCUCUAUUUACAGGGUUACGCUGAAGGGUGGACAGAUGGACAUUGGGAAGAGAAGAUAGAUGAUAGAGAUUGCAUCGAUAGACCUGUUUACCACAAAGAUGAAAGCGGAUACUAUAGAGGUUACUUCUGGGGAAGGGAAGACAUAUUCGCGCGUAAAUUUAAAUGUGUCUCGGUGCAGGGCACUUCGGCAAUUUUAGUGCCUACACUUCUGGAGAAGACCAAGUCAAGAUCAGUGUUUGUAGAGAGGUUUGAGGAAGUAUUGCACAUCAUUUACGGACAAAAGGAUUAUUGGGAGGCAAGGAGAAGCUUGGUGUUUGCCAAGCAUUUAAGAGAUGAAGGGGACAAGUUUCGUAGAGAAGUUUUAAAAUCUGAUGAUGAGAGAGAUGCUACAGUCAUGGAUCUAGACUGGACCAAGAAUCAGAAAAAAGAAGGGUCGGCCAAUGGAGGCCCAUAUUUAGCAGUUCACUUGAGGAGAGCUGAUUUUCUCUAUGCUCACCCUGAUGGCGUUCCAUCUCUAGACAAUGCCAUCAAGCAGAUAAAGGAUAUUUUAGAAAAGGAGAAGCUUGAUAUGGUAUUCCUUGCAACAGAUGCUGAUAAAAAAGAGGUUACAUAUUUGAAGAGUAAACUACCCCUGGUGAAGUAUGACCCAUCAAAGGAAAUUUUGCAUAACUAUGGUGAUGGUGGAGUUGCCAUCAUAGAUCAGUGGAUUUGUGCACAUGCCCAAUACUUUGUUGGGACGUGUGAAUCCACAUUUUCAUUUCGUAUUCAUGAAGAAAGGGACAUAUUAGGUUUCCAUGGUGACAAGACCUUUAAUUGUCUUUGUGGAGAUAAACAACUUGGAAAAUGUGAACAACCAUCAAAAUGGAGAGUAGUAUAUUAAAAAUUUGAUGAAUUUA